AUGGCUAAUUUUCAAUAUAAAGAAACCAAUUUUAUACAUGAUUAUAAUGAUAAUUUUACAAAAGUUGAACCCAUAAGCAUUGGAGAAUCUGAAUGCUAUUAUAAGGCAACAUUUAAAAAAUGUGACAUAACAACGAUCUUAAAACCCAUUAAUAUAAGUCAACAAUUUUCUCUAAAAGAACUCAUUAAAGAAAUUGAUCAAUAUCAAAAUAUUAAAGUUCAUGAUAAUGUUUUAAGAAUUUUUGGAUUAACUAAGCCGG